AUGGUUGUGGUGUCUACUGCGAAGGCACACGAACAAUUCAAGGCUUAUUCUCUGGCAAAACUGAUGGGAAUAUUAAAGUCACAUGAGAGUGCAGUGACUAAAGAAACGAACGUGGUUUCUAGCAUGGGGUCCUUGGCCAUAAUCUCCAAAGGAAAGAAUGUUGCUGAAGAAGAAGAAGAAGAUUUAGAUCUUUCUGAAUAUGAUCUAACAAGUGAAGAUUAUGCUUUGAUGGUGUCAAAUCCCAAGAAGUUCAUCAGAAGAAGGUUCCCAGCUAAAAAGAACCAAAACUGGCAGGGAAGCUACAGUGCCGAGAAAGCGAAGGAGGAACCGAAGAGUGUUUCUCAGACUGAAGAAUCAAAGAAGGAUGGAAAUACUGUCGACGAUGAGUUCGGCGAUGUUGAAGUUUGGUCCACAGAUUCUAAAGAUGAAGAAGUGAGAAAGCCCACUCAUGGCAGGGCUUUGUUGGUGAAAGAAGAGGUUGUUGCAGGAAAGUGUCUAAUGGUGACCUCUGGGGUGUCACAAAUGAGAGACUAUACCACUGAUGGGGGACUAGAUGAAGCGAAAGAGCGAGAGGACAAGUGUUUUGCAGCGAAACCUGUCAGUGAGCAAAUCAACGAAUGCGAUGAAUUGAUGAAGAAGUUCGCUCGUUUAUCCAAAGACAAGACCAAAGUCCUCAAGGAAAAGGCUGUUGUAUAUCAAAAGGUUCAAACAACUCCAAAUCAAGUUUAUACAGUUAAAGGAGUUACUCAGCAACAGUCAGCCGAACUGACAGCUUUAGUAGAAGAAGAUAAUGUUGAUGGCUGUGAUGAGUUUUUUUGGUCAACACCAAUUGAUAACGCCGAUGAAACAGUAGGUCUAUCUAAGAAAACAUCAUGGAGGGUUAAAGGAAGAAGGGAAGAGCUGAGGGGAUUUCGGUCCCUUCAAGAUGGUGGAAGUGUCAAGUACGGUAAUAAUUCUUUUGGCACAAUCAAAGUUUAUGGUAUGAUUACCAAUGGUGAUUUCUCGAUACGAAAGGUGGCGUAUGUUAAAGGCUUACAACACAACCUUAUCAGUGUUCCUCAACUGGUGGUUGGUACCGGGUUAAAAGUUUCGUUCGAUGACGAUGGCUCGGAGAUUAUUGAAAAGAAGACAAACAAUAUUCUACUGAAAUCGAAGCGAAAAGGAGAGAUGUACCCUCUAAAUCUCAAUCCCAUACGAGGGAAACUGGCAGUUGAACCGGAGACGAUUAACACUUCACUCGAUCAUUCCGAUUGGUUACAGAUGAUGCAGGACGAACUCAAUGAGUUCGAUCGAAAUAAAGUGUGGAGACUGAUUCCGACACCAAAGGAUGCUUCAGUGGUUGGACUAAAGUGGGUUUUCAGGAACAAGAUGGACAAGGAAGGAAAUAUGAUUCGUAACAAGGCAAGAUUGGUUGUGAAAGGUUACUGUUAA